AUGACAUCGACAGCCGCGAGGCAGGUGGCUCGGGGUGGGGGAGGGCCGCCGCAGCCGCCUUUCGCACGAAACAAGCCGGUCGACUAUCAGCUGGACGAGAACCACGAGCUGAUCUGGGACGACGGCGUUGCGCCCGAGACGACCAUCGACUUUGACGCGCCGCACAUGUCCAUGUCGGAGGCGUUCGCGUGGUGGGGCGGGGGGUUGACCUUUUUCGCGGGCAUGCUGGGGCUGGUCACCCUGAGCGACCCGGAGAGCAAGAGAGAGGCCGUCCCGCGGGCGGCCACGCUCCCCGCGACGGCGUUCGACCCGAGGGACCUGUUUAAGGCGGAGGAGGGCGAGGCGGCCGGGGAAGAGGAGGAGGAGGAGGAGGAGGAGGAGGAAGAGGAAGACGAGUGAUUUAGUAAUAGUCGGGAGGAUUUUGGUUUGGAUGUUUGUGAUCGGGAGGGCCGUUGCAAGAUAUGUUUCGACGAGAGAAGCACUGCUGUUAUUGCUAGGCAUUUGUUGUCGGUUAGGUAUUUGUUUUCGGUGGCGGCGAUGUGCGUGGCGGCCUGUGCACUGCUGUGCGACUUGUUUUGGGGAUAUUGGUCCCUUGCGCUUGACGCAAAGGAUAGAAGCGUACACGUUCCCGCCAUUGUUGCGUCUUUACCUUCGUGAAGUGUUCCAUUUGGUUCGGACUCGCUGAGCGCCCUUGCCAGGAAGACGCUUUCGCGGUUGCGAUGUGGUUCGUGCGUUGCUGUACAUAGCACAAUCGAACGAAGGAGAACCGUGUACAGGCGUUCGGGAAAGGAUCUUGGAUUGCUUGCUGUUGGUGACCUUCUCAUAAGGCUUGCGGCAGCGCGUUUGACCUUCAUCUAGCGCUCACAGAGGCAUGCUGGCUGCGCAGCAGCUGCAGCACUGCUCUGAUGGCUUUUUGCAGACCGGCAAGGUGUAGGUGCCAUUGGAUUCUGCACCCGCGUUUGGGCUUGACGUAGCAUUUGAGCAUGUUUGGUUCGUAUGUGCACAUUGAAGACCUGCUUCGCGAGUUUACAUCGCGCUGGGGUGCAUGCUCCCGCUGUUGUAGUUUGUUUCGGUGAUGGCCACUUUGGUUUGCGAUGUUGCAGGUGGAUACCACGGGGACAAGAGCUAUCCGUAGGUCCGUGGUUGUAAUGCGCGAGCAACGAUCGGGACUUUAAUGAGAUGUUCA